AUCAUGCAGGCCAAGAGAUACUAUUUCUUUGUUGUUUUUGCUGUCCUUCUUGACUGUUCGAUUGCUUCGACCGAUCCUGAUUGCCAGAACCUCACUCGAAGGCACAGAGAAAUUCUCGAAUGUUGCGAGGCUGGCGCCAUUAUUCCGUUGAAAGAUAUUGCCGAUUGUCCGGCGGCUGUUGGUGUGGACGACCCAUUCGAGAAGAUGACGUGUUAUACAAAAUGCAAUUUCGAAGCACUCGGGCUUCUGAACGGUGAGGAAAUUAACGAGGAGAAAUUGUUCGAGUACGUAGAUCGGCUUGAUGAUCCAUGGAAGGAAGAGGCUAUCGAUGCAGUGUCGGAUUGUUUGGAGAAACUUGCGGUGCUUAGCGAAAAAAUGUCUAAAAGCAAAAGCUCCGCUACAAUGCAUUGUCAUCAUGCAGCGAGAGCCAUAUCUGCAUGUCUGAUAAGGAAAACGAUUGAUUGGUGCCCCUAUGUCGAAUGGCGAGAUUCUAGUUUCUGUUACAAGGUAAGGAAUGGCCACUGCUUCAAGUUCCGUGACCGAAGUGCCAAUGACCACGGAUUGGUACUGCAUAAAGGGCCAACGAAAUAAAAAUUAUGAACGAACAUUUAACAAAUCUCAACAAUGUGGUGAUAUUCGAGAGAAACUCAGCCAGCAAUAUUGUUUGCAAAACAUUAAAACCAAUUCUCAUCUCUGGCGUAACAGCAGCACUCCAGGAAAUAUUUGUGGUGGAUGAUCUAAACUGUUACUCUAACCGAGUAAUUACAGAGAACGCAUAAUCUGAUUAGCUAUGGUUUUCCGUUCAAUCGCGGCUGCUCUACCCGGCGUCACCUGCAUUGUCAUUCAUUUGUUACAUUCAUCAGCUUUC